AUGCUGCCCCCAGUUGAUGUCAUGACAGACAAUGGCGUGCCCGCGGCGGUAAACGCGCUGGGAUACGCAAAGUGGAAGACGGUGGACGGGCCCCAAGCUCAACAAGAUGCCGGGCUAUUGGAGAGUCGAGAUCGUCUGCAGGGUGCUAGGGUUUCGGGCGACAACUGGCGCAGAGAAGUCAGGGACAUGGUUGCCGCGCUGGACCAGGACUUUGACGUGAAGCUGACCCCAGAAUGCGAUGGGCCAUGGACGCCUCGUAGCAUCGUCGAGGCCAUUGCCUACUUUGACCAGGCCAUCACGGAGCGAGUGCCCGCGGAGCGCAAGCACACCCGGUGGGCCGUGGCCGACAUUUUUCCAUCUGAGAACACCUUGCUCCGCAUCAUCGAUGCCGAGAUCGGUGCGACCACGUCCAUGGCUCACAUGUUCUUUGGCGGCGAGCGGAACCUGUCUUGGAGCUUUGCCAAGGUGGCUGAUGAGGGUGGGACAGUCGAUUUUCACACGCCACCGGGGGUCAAGCAGGCUGAGCAUGCCGCCAGUGCCUGGGCCGAGUUCUCAUCGUCCGGUCCAUCCAGAAGGCCAUGA